UUGGUGGUUUUCUUCCAACUGAAUAUCAGGAAUCAGACGAGUUUGCAAAGUUGUAAUAAUUAUAAAUGUAAAUACACAUGUAAUUGUUAUUUUAUUGGUUGUAAAGCUGAAGUCAGCCAGUUGUUUGGAAGGUUCCAUCAACCUUAAUGACAUCAUGACGGUUCUAGAAUCAAACACAACAGAAGCCUUCAGGAUAUUUGAGCCGCUUCAUUUCUACAUCUUCACCCUUCGAGUACAAACGCAGAGAGAGUAUCCAGUGUUUGAAUAUUCUGCAAGUUUUCAACAACAAUGUUUGCUACAAGCUUCAACAGCUUUCAGACGGGCAUGUAUUGUAAAGGCAAGGAUCCCCUCAUGAAAGAGGUCACAGAUGCCAUGGCCAGACUCACAGUUACUGAGAACACACGUCCUCUUCCCACAGAGGAUAGUGGUGUUGUGGCUAUCACAGCAGCCAUGGCACGGCUCACGAUAAGUCCACUUCCUUCAAAAGUCCUGAAAGAGGGGAAAUUUCACUUCCCAUCAAGGCCCACCGAAAGCCCAAUACCGAUGGUCAUUGAUGGUGAGCCCACUAGAGUCACGAGAACUCUGGUUAAAGAUGCUAGACUCUGGUGGGACAAUGCACUGCAGUCUGCAUCUGUAGGAAAGACACUGGAGGCCAAAGAGAAGGAGGCUCCUUGUAUGGAGAGCCUUGGAGCCACUUGCUCUACGGUUAUUGAAGGAGAAUCUGUCAGAAUCCAGCAGAUUCUGAGGAUUGCACCGGAGACCCAAGUGAAGGAGACCUGCAGCCAGAAAUCUACAUGUAUUCCCACCCAAAGCUCCAGCAGCGUUCAGCCACAGUCCACCAGAGUGAACCAGACUCUGACUGAAGAUGCCAGAGUCUGGUGGGACACAGUCGUGCUGCACCAGAAAAAGCCGGAGCUCCCAAAAAAGCCUUCGCAUAAAAGGAAACGGGAGGCUGAUAAUCCAGCUGAAGGCAGAAACGCAGACAGACCUGCUAAGCAAAGGACCAGGAGAAAGGCUGACGGAAGUGGUGACCACACAAACAAAGAUGAUGCAUCUUUGGUUUCCACGCCACAGCAGAAGAGUGGAGCACGUAGAAGAGACAGUUUUCAAAUAAUUCUUAGAUGAAUGAGUAAAUGUAACCUUGUUGAUGUUUC